AUUUCACAUGUAAAUACACGAACCACGCUUUGUUAAAAAUGCAAUGUAAUAAGUAAAUAUUGCUUGUUUGGAAACUCAAACGCUCGACUUUUCAGUUGAAUUUUUUUCAUGCGGAAACACACGGACUCCUGCCGAGCAGCGUUAGCAUUGUACUAUUUUUAUUAUUAUUUUUUUUUUACAAUCGUAAAAGCUACUCGUCACCUGCUUACCUACUUUAUUUACCAUUAAUAUAAAAAAGAGGUCGUGCUUGACGAGUUUGAUUCAGUAUUUUGGAUUUAAGUCACUAAACUAAACUUUAGACGGACAUACUAGCAUCUUGCAGCCCGAGCUAAUAGCUAAAAUAGCCCAGUAGGCUAAAAACAACGCACACGUUUUAGAUUUUUAUUUUAAAAUUUUGCUCAGUUGUUGUAAUGUUGCUUUUGUUUUCCCAUCUGAAAGACCAUAUUCUUUACCGUUACUAACAGCCGAGCUGUUCGAUUAGAUUUAUGCCUUAAAUAACUUUAAAUGUUUAUGUUAACAUGGAUAUCUUGGUUAAUAAUUUCAUCAAUAAAAUGAACGAAAACAUCAGCAGGCUGCAUUGUAAUACAUAUGAGGAUGAUUCAAGAGCAUCUAGUCUUCCUGUGCAUAACUCAGGAUGUACACCCAUGAGCCCAACCAAGAGAAAACACCACGAAAACUCUCUGAAUCAUCAAAAAGCCUCUGAUGCAGAACAGAUGAACAAAAUGAGAUGCUUAUUAGGAUCACACCUGAGAAAUUCUAUUGGAGACACUGGAAAUCAGGAGCUAUGGAAUUAUAGUCACACAUCUCUGAGUGGUCUUCAUAACCAUCACGUAUUUGCACCUUUCCCUAUUUUUGCGGUGGAUGAACCCCUUGAGAUGGCCAAACACAGCUUGGAUUCUACUAGGAGCAUGCUUCUAGCUCCUGAAUGCAACACAAGUCUCCAGCAGAAUCGUCCAUCUGUAAUCACCUGUGCUCCGGCCAGCAACCGUCCUUGCAGUCUUUCCAGCUGCCACAAGUCCCCUAACAGCUGCACAACUGGAUCCACUAACAAGACCGCAGCAAACACUGUGUGUGAUGACCCUGUGAUUGAGGAGCAUUUCCGCCGCAGUCUUGGGAAGAUCUACAAAGAGCCAGCGCCUGUCUCUAACUCAGUGAGCAUCACGGGCUCAGUUGAUGACCAUUUCACUAAAGCGCUGGGGGAUGCCUGGUUACAGAUCAAAGCCAAAGGCAAUGGUGGUGCAACGCCAAAUCAUGAGAGUCAAUGAUAAACUAAACCACAGACAUUAAAACUGUGAGGUUAGUUCACUAGAGAAGUGUGCUUAAGACCAGAUCCAUUUAGCAUUGGAAAAAGCAUAUCAUUUAUACAAUUUCUAUCAAAUCUUUGUGAGUUAAGUUUGAGUUUGUUGACCAGGGGUGGGUGGUAUUGUUGAGAUUUUUGUUUUCCUUCAGUAUAAAGAUGUAUGUCACAACAUUAUUGUAAGUAAAUAGACAGAACAAAGUAAAAAAAAAAAAGUAAAAUAAAAUGAGCGCUGCUUAAAGUUUCUGUGGCAGGUAGCGUUAAAAAAAGUAAAAGUUACGCUAAAGUUCAUUAACACUAAAGACUACAUUUUGACAUGUUAGAUAUGCGUACAAUGCUUUUUUGCGUCUUCGGGUGCACGCUAAAUUGAGUACAAAAUUCUUUUCACAGCCUAUAUAGGUAGAAAUAACACUUUUUUUUAAUUUCAUGAACAUGCUAUUUCUAUUAUUCACAUGUAUACACAGAACCUGAGCUUUUCCCAGUUGGUGUCAUUUUAAUAGUUGGUCUCUUUUUUCGAUUUUCUUUGUUCUUCACUCAGAUUAUCUUUAUUUUUGUCAUUGAUAUGAUCAAGAUAAGCAACUGCUGGAACAGUGUGUUCUAUAUAUAUAUAUAUAUAUAUAUAUAUAUAUAUAUAUAUAUAUAUAUAUAUAAAAUUUCUAACCUGUUUCGUGAGAUGUGUAUGCAGCUGGUUAGGCCUCUGGAAAGGCACUGACACAUGCAGUAUCUGGCUUAAUUGAGUUUUAACUUAACGUUUAACUUUGUACUCUUUUCAUAAUCCGCUACAACACAUUUUUCUGUAAUGAUCAAUACAACUAAAUCAGUAAGUGUUAACACCGCUGUGGGAGUUACCGUAAAUCUGUCUCUUUCGUGAUUUCCAUAAUCCUUCUUUGUAAUCCACUUUUAUGGAAAGUAAUCAGAGCGCCAAUAGUGGUCUUUUUGUGUUUGCUGUUGGACACAGCAACAUUAAAUAAUUUGGUAUUGUUUGCCAUGUAGGUUUACCCUAGUAUAGUUUACUACUAUGCUGUGGAAAUGUAAAAAAAGGGUUCAUACGUGAACACUUUCUGAUUUGCAUAUUCUAAUACCAAUUAAUAUAUUUACUUUAAUUGCACAUUGACCUGAACAUGAGUAUCCACUCUUUCUAUGUUCCAGCUUUAUUGCUUUCAGUGAAUUAAUUGUUUGUCUGUUUAUUAUUAUUAUUAAUCGACUAGUAACCAGAAUUAAAUGUAAUCUUUGUGUGUGGUGUCAUAAUGCAGGAUGCACACUAAAUUAUUUAAUUUCUUUAUCUUUCUUUUUUUUUUUUUUCCUUAUUUGUUCAACUUCCAGAAUAUAAAAUAUGACAAUCAUUAUGCUGUGCGUGAUGAAUAUAGUUACUCAUAUGAAACUAUCUGUCAUUAACUAUUGUGCAUGCUCUUCUUUUCUUCGUAAUGUACCUGCUGAAUAUUAAUUUAGAUGUAAUAUGUUGAGCCGUCUAACUAUGCUAAACUGAAAACUGUUUAGUUGUUAAUUGAACAAAGUCUCACGAAUGUCCCGUUUGACAUGGGUAAAGCAUUUCAAAAUAAUGAAAUGAAAGGGCAAUAUAACAAAUUUUGACAUGACAGUGGCUGUGCCGUUAAGUGGUGUACUAAAAAGAAAAACUAUUGAUGUAAUUUGAUAUGUAACUUUAUUUUUUCUUGAAUUACUAUUUAUAUAUAUAUAUAUAUAUAUAUAU